CCAGCUGGGAGACUGGCGUUGCAUCCAUGAUGCAAAACAGUAAAUGUGUGUGAAUGGAUGUCUGUGCCAGUGAUGGCCCUAUGACGAACUAUCCAGGGCAUACUCAGUUUUUCACCUGUAGACUGCUGGGACGCUCUCCUGCUCCUCUAUAACCCUGAAUGGAAUCAAACAGGCAGAGAAAAUGGUGGCAUGCAUGCAAACAGCUAAAGGCAUUUCAGCGUCACCAGUCAAUCUAACACUUAUAUCUUUGGAGGGUCACAGUGGAGUAAACCAGCUUGGAGGUGUAUUUGUAAAUGGAAGACCUUUACCCGAUUCUACCAGACAGAAGAUAGUGGAGCUUGCUCACAGUGGGGCUCGGCCAUGUGACAUAUCCAGAAUACUACAGGUGUCUAAUGGCUGUGUGAGUAAGAUCCUGGGUCGGUAUUAUGAGACAGGCUCAAUCCGUCCUCGGGCCAUAGGAGGGAGUAAACCCAGGGUGGCAACUCCCGAGGUGGUGGGGAAGAUCGCUCAGUACAAGAGAGAGUGUCCAUCCAUUUUUGCCUGGGAGAUUAGAGACCGACUACUGGCAGAGGGAGUCUGCACCAAUGACAAUAUACCCAGUGUUUCCUCAAUAAAUCGAGUGCUCAGGAACUUGGCCACUGACAAACAUCAAAUGGGCACCGGGGCAGCUGAAGGAAUGUUUGACAAACUCAAGAUGCUUACUGUACAGGGCACCUGGGGAGGACGCUCAGGGUGGUAUGCUGGAGCUACGAUCCUGAACACGGACAUCCCUCAGACAGACGGAGGGGAGAACAACAUAUCAAUCAGUUCCAAUGGUGACGAUUCAGAGGAGACUCAGAUGAGGCUUCAGCUGAAAAGGAAGCUACAGAGGAACCGAACAUCUUUUACACAGGACCAGAUAGAAGCAUUGGAGAAAGAAUUUGAAAGGACUCACUAUCCAGAUGUAUUUGCUCGUGAACGACUUGCCAAUAAAAUCGAUCUUCCAGAAGCAAGAAUACAGGUUUGGUUUUCAAACAGACGUGCAAAGUGGAGGAGAGAGGAGAAGUUAAGAAAUCAACGUCGGCAGGUGUUGAAUUCCUCCAGCCAUAUUCCCAUCAACAGCAGUUUUAGCAGCAGUGCUUACUCAUCUCCAUCUCAGCCUUCUGCACCAGUGUCUUUUUCUUCAGGAUCCAUAAUGGGAAGAUCGGAUCCAGUCCUGUCCAAUAGCUAUGGCCUGCCUGCAAUGCCAAGCUUUAGCAUGGCUGCCAGCCUGCCCAUGCAAGCAUCAAACCAGACCUCUUAUUCCUGCAUGCUGCCAAACAGCCCCACUGUAAAUGGCCGCAGUUAUCAGACAUAUACCCCUCCACAUAUGCAGCCACACAUCACCAGCCAGUCGGUGACGUCCUCUUCAACAUCUUCAACAGGUCUGAUUUCUCCUGGCAUUUCAGUUCCAGUUCAAGUUCCUGGAAGUGAAGUUGAAAUGUCACAGUACUGGCCACGCCUGCAGUGACAUCAUGGCUCCCUGUUGUGACUUCAUGAACAGGACUCUGGGAAUCCUCGGUGGGAGAGCUGCCCAAUACUGCUUGAAUGCCAGCGCAAAGCUGAUUCCGCUGAGGACAGGCUGAAGCUAGGCAAAGCCGAAAAGACAAACUUUUCUUUUUUUCUUGUGAGGAAAUCCUCUGAAUCUGAAUACUUUGAAAAACUUGAAGACUUUGGAUACUAAUAUACAGCAGAAUAUGUUUUGUUAAAACUGGUUUAUGGUUUGUGUCUUGUUUUGACCCUUUGGUAACAGCAAGUGUAGGAAGGAAAUAAAAUGCUUUCAAUGUACAUGGACAUUCCAUUGACAAACAUUUUAUCUUUGAUGCCAUUUUAUAAUAUUUACAUACUGCUGCAUUUGUGGUGAGUGGUUUUACCUGGACAAAAAGACCUGAAUGAAACUGGAAAUGCACUGUAUGCUGUGUUUUGCUCCAAAAAAUUUUAAAAGCCACAACCUCAGACAUGUACAGGAUUUUAAAAUAAACAUUCUUGUGAUAUAAGUUUGGUAUUGUAAACCAUGACAUAUUUGUAAACAAGCAUGGCUCAGAAUCUGAACUAAAACACUGAUUUGAUUCCAAAGCUUCACUGUCCAAAAUAUGUAAUCUAGUUUUCAAUUUCAAUUGUGAAAGUGUUUGUCUACAAUGUUCUGGGAGGGUUUCCAUAAUAAAGCUGAAACUAUUACA